GUCAAAACGUUCUGGCAAACGUACUGGAACCCCAGCAUCGGCAACUUCUCGACCCGCGUGCCAUGCAAAGAGUCGCGCGAGGGCCGGUUCACGUGCUGGACCAUGGGCGUCGUGCUCCACGCCGUGGCGGAGUGCUGCGCUGCGUACAAGGAUCUGACGCUGCCGAUCGUCGCGCCCACGGUGUCUGCGUUGACGUGCUUCCGCAACCCCAAGUACGGCGCGUACUCGGUGAUGUACCACGGUGCACAAAACUCGGGAGACGACGAUAUCAACUACGACGACUGCGCCCACCUGCUGCGUGGCAUGAUUGCUCUGUACGAGGCCACGGGCAACCAGGAGUAUCUGGACCUAUCACGCGAGCUGGUGCGGUUUCUGAUGACCGGCGUGGUCGAGCACCAGAAGUUUCACGUGCCGGGGCUGAAGUGGCACAUCUCGCGCAAGUACAUGGCCACCAUCUCGAACUGCGUGGCUGCGACGGGCGCCAUGCGCAUGAUCAAAUACUCAUCGCCAGAGGAGCAGAAACAGCUGUACGACUUUGCGAAGCUGUGCAUCAACUUCAUUGAGCAGAUCCUCUGGGACAAGUCGGACAAUGUCGUGAUGGACGGCGUGGCGUACGACUCGGACGUGAUCGACAAAACAAAGUGGUCUUACAACACGGGCAACACGCUCUCGGCGAUCUGCAUGCUGUACCAGUACGAUAGAGACCCGCAAUGGGUGGACAAGGCCCGCAAACUCGCGGAGGCCGCCACCGACCGUGGCCGCACGCUGUUCGACAGAGACUACGACGACUGGAACAAACGGUUCUGGCACGGGCCUUCCUACUUCAUCCAGCUGCUUGUCGAGGGCCUUGUCGACUACCUGGUGACCUUUGGGAAGGACGCCCCGGAAAGCACGCGCCGCUGCUGCGAGAACGAGAUUCUGCGCCAUGUGUCGUACUUCAGAAAAUACAUGUACGACCCGAGCGACGGGCUGUAUUUCUGCUCGUUCGACAUCUACCGGCUGGACGACCGCACGUACGAGCGGUAUCGCUCGGAAUUUGGCGGACACAAGACGUUCCAGCCCAAUGAGGACGACCGCGUGCAGACUGGCGGAGACGUCAGAAAACGGCCUGUGUGCAAGAGCCUCAUGGCCUCCGCCGCUGCCGCGCGCAUCUUCUUCCAGGCGGCUCGUAUUUUCCCGAAAAUGGACCCCGUGCCUGUAUAGCAAUGGAGCAACACCACGUCGGCGUUGCUGCUGUCUCCGUCUUCCUGUGUACGGGUGUGCGGAGUCAGCCAGUUCCCCCGUGCAUGAAAAAAAGUCGGGGUACAUAAUUAUUUUUUCUACUAUUUGGUUAUGUUCCCCAAAGAUCCUCUUCUCCCGCCAGAGCCCCGGCGCCGCGUCAAGACGGGCUGUCUGACGUGCCGCCGCAAACAUAAAAAAUGCGACGAGGCGAAGCCUGUGUGCGGCUUCUGCACGCGCCGCCGCUUUGAGUGCGUAUGGCCGUCGCGCGCAAGCACCUUCCAUCUGAUGGUCCCUGGCGACGAGCGGCCGACAAAGGUGCCUGCCACUCCAGACCUCCAGCCGAUCGAGGCCGCCAAGCCGGUAGCCAAGCCGGCGGCCAGCAGCAGCUUCUGCGACCUCAAGUCGCUGUUGAACGAGGUGAAGCCGGUCGCGGUGCCCAUCACGCCCUCAUCGGACGAGAGCGUGCGGGAUCGGCCCUGGGCGUUUGAACGCAACGACGUGUCGGGCGUGAGCCCUGACUACGCGAACCUGCGCGAGACCUUGCGCGACUACAUGUUUCUCAACGCCAUGACCACGAGCCCGUCCACGCCGGCCAUUUUGUCGGGCAACAUCUUUGAAAACGACCUGUCUCUCGACGACCAGCUGCUCAACCUCACAAAGGGAAUCAACGCGUUUCACGAUGGGCUGGAGUUCGGCCAUGGCCCCGCUGACCACGAUAUCCUUUCGCCGGAGGAGAACCUGCUGCUGCUGACGCGCUACGUCAACGACAUCGGUCCCUGGCUCGACAUGUUCGACCACAGGAGCUGUUUCACCGCGCUGCUCUCGAAAACGGCCAAGGACGACCCGCUUAUGUGUGCGAUUCUGACUAUUUCCAGCCGUCAGCGCGACAAGCUCCAGCACGACAGGCCGGUCUCGGAAACCACGUACCGGCUGUACGAGCGGUCGCUCACAUACCUAAUUCCGAAAGUGAAAAAAGUGCCCGACACCAGCGUGAUGGCCUCGUGCGUGAUACUGUGCUGCUUCGAGAUGAUGUCGUCGGAUCCGAGCGAAACGUGGACGAAGCAUCUAAAAGGCUGCGCCGCGCUGUUCAGAGUGGCAGACUUGCACGGAUUUUCCGGGGGGCUGCGGCAGGCGGUGUUCUGGUGUUUUAUUCGCAUGGACGUGAUGCAUGCCAUCUCGCACAAGACCGCGACGCUGAUCCCGUGCGAGAACUGGCUGCCGCGCAACUGCACGGUGCAGCACGCGCGCGCGCUGUUUCUGGACUCCAAGUUCGACGGCAACGAGUCGCGCGACAUGUACGCCAACUACAUGGUCUUCUUGCUUGCCCGCGUUUGUCGGCUCGUUUACUCGGGCAACCUCAAGCAGGACGAGUUCGAGUCCGAGUGGAUCGAGCUGUACACGGAGCUCGAUCGCUGGUGGCAGGACCGCCCUUCUGAGAUGCAUCCUGUCGUGAGCGUGUUUAAGGACGGCACGCCGUUCCCGAGCAUCCUGUUCUGCGUGGCCCCGGCCAUCUCGGGCACGCAGAUGUUCCACACCGCCAUGAUUUUGCUUAUGAAGUACAAAACGCGCAUUGUGCGUCCGCUGCCCACGCUCGCCGUGGACCCCGUCAUGCGCAAGAGCCUCAUCUGGCACGCCAAGUGCGUUGUCGGCAUCAGUCUGUCCAACUCGGACCACGGCUGUCUCAACAACGCGCUGCAACCACUCUGGGUGGCGGGCAAGCUCAUGAGCAGCAAGGAGGAGCAGCACAUCAUCGUCCAGCUGCUGCGCGACAUUGAAAAUACCACUGGCUGGUCUACCAGCUGGCGCAUCCGCGACCUACAAGAACAUUGGAGUAACUAGCACCAAUUACUUUCAGCUAUUUAGUUCAAAUCCUCAAAAUACCAUAAUUUUUCUGGUGUUGCCGAACGGAAGUACUUCUCCACCCGGUCUGCCACGCGGUGUGGCGAGAACCCAAAGUACUCGUACGCAGCAUGGCCGGGCAGUGACUUGCCAAACGUGCGCAUGCUGUAGCCCGCCGUCGCAUACCGCUCCCAGCCGUUCACAGCGUAGCUUUCCACUGCCACGGACGGAAUCUUGCCGCGCAGCAGCACGCUCUGCUUGUAUUCAGUGCUCUGCUGCUCAAACAGUUGUGUGCACGGGAAGCUGACGACUCUGGUCCGAAUACCGCGUCUGGCCAACUCCUCGGCCGCUUUCAGUGCCAAUUGCAGGUCGGAGCCCGUUGCCAGUAGCUGCAGCUGUGGCUCGGCCUCCGGCUUCACCACGUAGGCCCCCAGGGCAACCUUGUCACGUGCAGUAACGCCCAGCUGCGGCAGAGCCUGACGUGACAGUGAGAUGAGGCUCGGUCCGUGUUUGAAGUCCAUGGCGGCUUCCCAAGCACCGGCCGUCUCUUCAGAAUCUGCCGGCCGCAAAAAUAACGAGUUAGGCAGCGCACGGUAAAAGGCCGGCAGCGCGAUUGGCUGGUGAGUUGGUCCGUCCUCGCCCGUACCGAUCGAGUCGUGUGUGGCGACAUGGAUUGUCUGUAGCUCCUGUAGAGCGCCCAUCCGCACGGCGGGAGCAGCAUACAGGUAGAACAUCAGGAACGUGGACGUGACGGGAACAAACGUGCCUCUGUUGUAGGCGGCAAUUCCGUUGGCAAUUGCUGCCAUCGCGUGCUCACGGAUACCGUAGUGGAUGUAGCGGCCCGAAUAGUCGCCGCCCAAACCGCACUUGGUCUGCAGCUGGGGUUUUUGGAAGUCGCGCGCGCCAGGCCAACUCACGUGCACAGACGGCGUCAAAUCGGCCGUGCCGGCAAUAAUGGAGUCGAUGGCUUUGGCGAGCGGCGCAAAAACGAGACCGCUGCUCUUCCUGGUUGGUGUUGGGCCGGAAGGAAAUUCUGUUGGAAUGUGUUUUUUCCAGUCGGCAGGCAGCUUGCCCGCCACGCGGCGCGCAAACUCAGCUGCCAGCUCAGGAUACUGUUCU